CCUUCUCAUCCUGAUGCCACUUAUGACAUGAAAUAUGGCAUCAGAUCAGUUCAGGGUGGUGGUAGAUCUUCUGCCAGAGAAACAAUUGGAAGAGUGGCCUUUGGAGCUAUUGCUAAGAAAAUUCUCAAGCAGUUCUCAGGGAACUGAGGUUAUUGCUUAUGUUUCACAAGUUCAUCAGGUUGUGCUUCCAGAUGGUUUGGUUGACCAUGACACUGUAUCUCUUGACCAGAUAGAAAGUAAUAUUGUAAUGUGCCCAGAUCCUGAAUAUGCUGAGAAAAUGAUUGCUGCUAUUGAUGUCGUUCGGACAAGAGGAGAUCCUAUUGGUGGUGGUGUCACGUGCAUAGUGAGGAAUGCCCCACGUGGGCUUCGUUCACCAGUUUUUGAUAAGCUUGAAGCCGACCUUGGUAAGGCAGUAAUGUCCUUACCUGCAAUCAAAGGAUUUGAAUUUGGCAGUGGAUUUGCAGGUACUUUUCUAACUGGAAGAGAACAUAACGAUGAAUUCUAUACUGAUGAACAUGGAAGAAUAAGGACUAGAACAAACCGUUCCGGUGGGAUACAGGGUGGAAUAUCCAAUGGGGAAAUCAUGAACAUGAGAGUAGCUUUCAAGCCAACAGCUACUAUCAGCAAGAAGCAGCUGAUUGUGACUCGAGAGAAAAAGGAGAUGGAGCUUUUUCAUGUGCUUCAUUCGGAUAUUUUUCAUAUAUUCAUAUCCUUCACCUCAAAAUAA